AUGGAUUUAUCUAAUAAUCAAAAAGAAAGAAAAUUAGUUCCAAGAUUUCGUCGAAAAAACCAAAAUAAAAAUCUAGUUGAUGUUGAUGACCAAGAAGCUCAAGCUUUAAUUGAAAAAGAUUUAGAAAGUCAUUUUAUAUGGAAAAGUGAUACAAACGAUGAUUUUAAAUAUCAUUAUGAUGAUAAUCAAUUACAAGAAAAUAAUCAACAAAUAUCAAUUAAUGAUCAAAUAAAUCAAAAUUUUAUUUUUGAUAUUGAAAAUAAGUCUGAACAAUUAUGGAAAAAUAAUAUUGAACAAGAUGAUUAUGAAAUUUUUAAAUGGAAUGAUGAUCAACAACAAUAUAAAAUAUCUUUUUCAAUUCAAAAUACUCAAGAUAAACAACAACAAUGGGCUUUACAUGAUAAUAAUCAACAAUUUAUUCAAUUUAAUUUAAGCAAUCAAUAUGAUCAACUAUAUAAACAUGAUUUAGAGACAAACACGGAUAAUUCACAAAGAAGUUUUAUUGAAGGAGAUGAAUUUCGAAAUAAUAUAAAAUUCGCUAUUGGAUCUGAAGAUGAAAAAUUAAAUCUAUUUGUUAAGGAUACAGAAGAUAUAUUAUCAUUAGAAAUAGAUGCUGAUAUUCCUUCAAUAAAUUCGACAUUAAGUCUUCCUCAAAAUCCAAUUGUAAUUCAUUGGCUUGAAGGAAUUUCUGAAUAUAAUAUAUCAUUACCUGUUGAAAAAUAUUUUCAAGAAUAUUCUCCUUUAACUGAAAUUAAAAUUGAACUUGACUCAAAGAAUUUAAAAUGUUUAAAUUGGUCAUUAGAUUUAUUAAAAGAAAAUCUAAUUGUUUCUUAUUUACUUAGUUUACCUGAUAAUAUAGAUAAACAAUAUUCUCUUCCUGAUAAAUUUCAUUUAAGAUUGUCAAUUGAUGAUGAAAAUUGUAAACAAUUAUUUUCUUUAAUUGAUUUUUCAUUUAAACAAACUCUAAGUAUAUCAUCAGAUGAUAUAAAACAACAAUUAUUAACAAUAAUUGAUUCAUUUGAUAUAAAACAAAAUUUUGGAAAUGAUGAUCAAUCUUUAUUUUAUCAAUGGUCUUUACAAGAUUUAAAAACAAUUAUUUUAAAUCUUUCUCCUUUAGAAAUUAUUAAUUUAAUUUAUUCACCAAUUGAUGCUAAACAAGUUUUACUUGAACAUUUACUUAUUGACAGUGAUGAAGUAAGUGCUCGAGCUUUUCGUCGAUAUCGUUGUAAACAUAUGUCAAUUAAAAAUGAUGAUAAACAUCAAUUAGAUUCUCUUGAAGGUUUAAAUUUACAAUUUAAAGGCAAUGAACAAAUUGCUAUUGGAGAAGAACAAAUACAAAAUGAUUUCAAUGAACAACAAACAUAUCGAGAUUUAACAAAUUCAAAGAUAUUGUUAGAACAAGAGCCACCACAGUUAUAUGAUAUAAUAAAAAGUCAAAGUUCAUCAAGUAACCAGGGUCCUUGUUUAUUUCGAUCUGAUUAUGAACGUCAACCACCAAAAACUUGGUCACGUCUUCGUCGUGAUAUCGGUCAUAUAUCAUUUGAUGCUUCACUUGCUCAACCAAUUUAUAAGUUUGAUAAAUCAUUUAAACGUUUUGUACAUAUUCCAGAAAAACGUGAUAAAUGUUCUUAUGAUGUUUAUCGAGGUUAUAAAGAAUUUAUUGAAAAAUCUCAAUUAAAUCCAGAUAAUUAUUUUCGUCCAUUUGAUGCACUUGAUCUUCGUCCAUUACUUAAUUGGUAUUCAAAUAAACAAUAUCUUUUUUCUUCAACUAAUCCAAACAUGUUAAAACCACCAACAUUUAUUUGUCGUCGAUUAGUUUUACGAACUAUUUUAAGUAAUCUUUAUUGUGAUUCUGAUCCAUGGAAAUUACUUGUUAUACGUAUGAAAGGACAAUUUUAUUUAGCUUUAGCUAAUAAGGAAACAAAAUUAGUUGAAGAUAUGACUAUGGAUCAAUAUAGUGGUUAUAAAUUUGAAGCUUUAUUCACAACAGAUCAACCAAAUACAAGUAGAUUUGAAGAAAAAAUUCCAUUAGAAAAACCUCAACAACAAUUUCAUACAGUACAAUAUUGGCAAUUUGGAGAAUUUAAUAUACUCUAUUCAAAUGAAAUUGAUGGAGAAAUAAAAUGUGAUACACAACAAAAAACAUCAACUACGGAAACGACAGAUACCGUUAAACAACAAGAUGAUGCAAUAACACCAACGGCAACAACAACAACAGAAGUAACAGUAACAGAAAAUACCGAAAGAAAACCUGUGAAAAUGGAUUGGUGGGAAAGUGAAAUAGCUGUCGAAAUGGAAAAAUCAUCUGAAGAAAAUGAAGAUAAAUUAAAAGAAAUUCAAAUAAAUGAAAAUCUUCAAUUAAUCAAAAGUGAUGAAAAUGAAAUAAUUGAAAAGAAAAAACGAAAUGAAAAUGAAAUAAAAUCUGGUUAUGUUGAACUGAAAUGUACAAAUAAAAAAAUUUUUUAUCGAGAUGAAAAUAAAUUACAAACACUUAACUGGUGGGCACAAAUGUGGUUAGCUAAUAUAAAUACACUUAUGAUCGGUUAUAAAACAGCAAAUGAUGGAAUUAUUGAUCAUAUAGAUUUACUUUCAAUUGAUCAAAUUAUUUCAAAAUUUCUUUCAAAAUAUGAUCUUAGACUUAAAUAUUGUAUUUCUUAUCUUUAUUCAUUUUUUAAUUUAAUUCAAAAAACAGUUCUAAUUGAUGAUCCAAAUACAAUUCAUGCAUUUGCUUAUAUUCCGCAACCAUUAGAUAUUGAUCCUCUCACUGGAAAACCUUUACAAUAUGAUUUACCCGAAUAUGUUCCAUUUCGAUAUACACAAAUAAAAAGAUCGAAUCCAAGACAUUCGAAUUUUAUGCCUCGAUGGUAUAUUCAAGAUAUUCAACGAAGUAUACCUGUUGGAGGUAUUUUAGAAGGUAAUCAACUGAAAACUGUUGAACACGAAACAAAAAAACGUAUCGGGCAUCGUGGAAGAUCAUCAUGUAUUCUCAAACAAGAAUCACAAAAUAAACGUAAUAAGAAACACAAAUGA